AUGGCUGCGUCGCCGCCCCCAGGGGGCAGGUGUCUGCGGGGGCACCAGGGCCGCGCUGCUGCCAUUGAGCGUCUUGGCGCCUCGGGUGGUGGCUGCGGCGGCCGGCCGCCGCGAGGCUUCUCAGCUGCAACCAUUUUCUCCCUCAGUGGCAUUGCAGGACGCUUCCUGGCGAGGUGGAAGAGGCAGCUGUUGGCGGCUGCUGGGGUGCUCCGUUCCCUAGCACCCCCAGCUAGCGCCCUGAGCACCUGUCCUGUGCUGUCCCGCAGAAGAGCCAGCCUCCGUGUGGCCCAGAAAUGCCUGGAGGUGGUGGCCCAGAGCCGAGCCAGCGGCCUGCUGCAGGAGGGUCCCCUCUCUGGGCGCUCAGCACAAGCCGCCGCGUUCCGGACCGUGCUCCAGGGAGGGGUGUGUGCGGAGCCGAAGCGCGGCCUGUGUGUGGGUUCCGGGUGCCCCGGCCUCCAGGCUGCGCCCGCGGGGGGCACAGAGAACAGUACGAGGCCGGGGCCCUGGGCAGUGGGUCCCGAAGGAGCCGUGUCGCGGUGGCGUUCGGUUCAGGAUGUCAGCUGGUGCCCGGGGACCGGCCGACGCCAUCUGGGCAAUUCCACCCCCGCGCUGGCGGCGGUAACCUGUGGCACCCUCUCUCUCCCGGCCCCGCCCCAGGUAAAUCCACUUGGACGUUUGUGGGUGCGGUGCUGCCCCCCACCCGUGAUGUCCCUCCGGCGCCUGCUCUGUGCUGCGGCCUCCCGGCGGCCGGCUCCCGUGAGAUGCAGACGAGGCAGCCCCCUGCACACGGCCCCGGCGGCCUGUUCGGACAGGAGUGCCCCCGUGUUCAGCCGGGCCCUGGCCUUCGGGGACCGGAUUGCCCUCGUUGACCGGCAUGGCCGCCACACGUACAAGGACCUCUACCACCACAGCCUCCGCCUGUCCCGGGAGCUGUGCCGGCUCCUCGGGUGUGCCGGCGGGGACCUCCAGGAGGAGAGGGUCUCCUUCAUGUGCUCCAACGACGUCUCCUACGUGGUCGCGCAGUGGGCCUCGUGGAUGAGCGGGGGCGUCGCUGUCCCCCUCUACAGGAAGCACCCGCAGGCCGAGCUGGAGUAUGUCAUCCGGGACUCCCGGAGCGCCGUGGUCCUUGCCGGCCGGGAGUAUGUGGAGCUGCUGGGCCCGGUGGUCGGGAGGCUGGGGGUCCCACUGCUGCCCCUCCCGCCCACGGUCUACGGUGCGGCGGCCGAGGCGCCCGGCGAGUGGCGGGUGCCGGAGCAGAACUGGAGAGACCGAGGUGCCAUGAUCAUCUACACCAGCGGGACCACAGGGAGGCCCAAGGGCGUCCUGAGCACUCAUCACAACAUCAGGGCCAUGGUGACGGGGCUGGUCCACAAGUGGGCGUGGACUAAGGACGACGUGAUCCUCCACAGUCUCCCGCUCCACCACGUGCACGGCGUGGUCAACAAGCUGCUGUGUCCCCUCUGGGUGGGUGCCACCUGUGUGAUGCUGCCUGAGUUCAGCGCAGAGCUGGUAAGUGGGGGACAGGCUGCGGGCAUGGCUGGAUCUGGGCGCCCGGGGACCGGGGGCGCCUUGCUCUGCAGUGAGACCCUGUGGCUGUGGAUGGGCAUGCCAGGGGCCGCACUGUUUGGGGGGUUCUCGGUGCUUUUCCAUCUAGUCCAACAAGCACUGCGGGACUCCACCGCGCACGUGCCACAGGCAGCCACUGUGCAGGAGCACGGGCUGGCUCCCACCUGGCCCCCCUCUCGGGAGGUCCCCAUCAACUUCACCUCGCCCAAGCCCACAGUCACAUGGCACCUGGACCUCAAUGGCACUGCCAGGCAGGCAGGCCGGCGGCACACAGCCAUGGAAAGGCCCCACAGCUGUCGGGGACAGGCUCGGUGCUGCGUCCACUCGCCCAGGGAAUGCCCUGUCUGA